AUGUCUCCCUCUGGCGACUUCAAGAAGGAGUCGGGCACCGCCCGUAUCCUUGGCUCGGGUACUUCGGGUAUCGCUGAGCUCAUGGUCUUCCACCCCGUUGACACUGUCGCCAAGCGUCUCAUGUCGAACCGCGGCCACGUCAACAUGGGCAACCUCAGCACCGUUCUCUUCAAGGACGCUGCCACCGCCCCUGUCCUCAAGAAGUUCAUCUCUCUUUUCCCGGGCUUGGGAUACGCAGCGGGCUAUAAGAUUGCACAGCGCGUCUACAAGUUCGGUGGCCAGCCGUACUUCCGUGACAUUAUCGACAACAACUCUGGUAGCUGGUUCCGCGACACAUUCGGCAAGAAGACCGGUGGUAUGCUGAUGCACGCCACUGCCGGCUCGCUCACCGGUAUCGGUGAGGUUGUCCUCCUCCCCCUUGACGUCCUCAAGAUCAAGAUGCAGACCAACCCCGACGCUCUCAAGGGCCGUGGUAUUGUCAAGCUCAUCACCGAGGAGGGUAUCGCUUCGCUCUACCGCGGCUGGGGCUGGACCAUGGCCCGUAACGCUCCCGGCUCGUUCGCUCUCUUCGGUGGCUCGGCUCUCACCAAGGAGCACCUCUUCCACCUUUCCGACUACUCGCAGGCCACCUGGUCGCAGAACUUCGUUGCCUCGAUUGCCGGUGCCGUCGCCUCGAUCACUGUUGCCGCUCCCCUCGACGUCGUCAAGACCCGUAUCCAGAACGCCAACUUUGGCUCCAACGUCGGCGGUGCUGCCAUUAUCCGCGAGAUGGUCGCCAAGGAGGGUAUCACCUCGUUCUUCAAGGGUCUUACUCCCAAGAUCCUCGUUGUCGGCCCCAAGCUCGUGUUCUCGUACACCCUUGCCCAGUCGCUCAUCCCCUUCUUCGGCAAGUACGUCUAA